UGCAGUUUUUGGUGGAUGAGGACUCGCGUCAGCCCCUGACAGGUCAACGCUUCACUGAAGGAGUUCACUAAAUGAUGGGAAGCUGCGGCGGCGUGUCCUCGUCUGUCCACAGACGCAGAUACGUCAGCUGGUGUGUGGACUCUGCAGAGUCACCGACACCUGGAGCUUCAGCCCCGACUGCAACCGCUUCUUCAAAUGCAUACUCCCACCAAAACCAUCAGCCAGCUGGUCCAGGAUCAGUCCCACUUCUCCUUCUGACACCACCAGAAACCAGUGAAGGAGAAACCAAUUCAGCAUUUCACCAACAACCGAAACACUCACAGCCAACAUUCACAAAGAGGACACAUCACGAGGCCUUCACACACUCCCGUCACUCCAGCGCUGCUCUGCGUGACUCUCACAAAGACCCUGAUCAUCGCCCUGACGAGGAUGAUGACGGUGAUGAAGGAGGAAAGGUCAACAAAGACGACUCGUCUCUUUCGCGUGCUGAAGACAAAAUCUUGCUCCUCCCGAGGAGCAGCCCCGUCAUCACCGGACACCACAGACCCGUCUCCUGGCAUGGAGGGGUCACCGACACGCCCGCUUCACCAAGCUCGGACUCUCGGUGUCCUGCUCCUGGUUCGCUGUCUCUGGAUCAGCGCGGGCGGCUGACAGUCAGCAGUCUGCAGGAUAUGAGUUUCAAACCGAGCUCCUGUCCCGACCCGUGUCCUCUGCAGGAGGACAAGAAGCUGUGCCACGUCUCCGCCUCGUCACACCUGAGCUGCAACGCCAGCGCUAAGCUCCACCCUCCCUGCAGAGGACAGCAGGGAUUGGCUGGAGAGCACAGAGGGUGGGGCCUAAGCAGCUGUGAUGCCCCUCACUCGUCAGGCCUCACUUCCUCAACAGCAACCAGCAAAAACAGGAGGUGCAGCGGCAUCCCAGAAUUCCCUGCAGACAUCUUUAAGACCAGCUGUGAGCUGGAAAAGGAGAAUGCUCAUUUCAUUGUGGUGGACAUGGUGCUGGAGGUGUUGGAGGGAGUAAAGUGGACUCUGAGCUCCACGACGGACACACACGGACACACACACUGCGACAUGUGCACGCACGGACACACACACUGUGACAUGUGCACGCAGGGACACACACAGAGCUGUGCAGAGGACGCAGCGACACAUGAACAGAGAUGUGAAGCCUGCAGACACACACACACCUGCAGCACACACAGAGACACACACCCCUCUUAUGAACAUGAACACACACACCCACACACACGAGAUGAAGAGGAGGAAGCACAGACUGACGAGGCUGAACAUCUGCCAAAGACUUUCUCUGUCAUCUCCACUGACAGCGGCUUCGAAGACUGUGGGGUCGAAGCUGCGCUGGCACCCAGAGACUCCCUCAGAGAUGCAGAGCGGCUGGCCCAGCAGCUGGUGCUGGAGUUCAGGAGGAGCUGGCUUCCCUCUCGAGGGCCUCGGCGAGGACGACAGAGCCUCCGCAGCUCACUGCAGGAGCUGCCGGGUACCGGAGGAGUGGCGGUGAGCAGCGGCAGCCUGGCUGAGGAGAUCAGACUGAGGACCAGGAUGAGAGGAUCUCUGAGCUGGGCGCCGCCACGCUUCCAGAUCAUCUUCACUGUUCAGCCGACACACAGACGCGGUGACGUCGUGGCUCUGCAGCACUUCCUGUGUGCAGGCUGUGGGACCGAGGUGGAGCCCAGAUACAUCAAGAAACUGCGUUACUGUGAAUACCUUGGCAGGUAUUUCUGUGACUGCUGCCACAGCGGCGCCGAGGCUGUGAUUCCUGGUCGACUUCUGUCCUGCUGGGACUUCAGCAAAUACCCUGUGAGCGAUUUCUCCAAAAAUCUGCUGAAUUCAGUUUGGCAUCAACCUCUGUUUGAUCUGACCUGCGUCGGUAAAACUCUCUACAGCCGAGUGAAGGAGCUGGACAAGUUCAGAGAGCUGCAGGAGCAGCUGAUGGACGUCAAGAAGCUUCUGACAGCCUGCAGGUUCUCUGGGAGGGUGACGGCUGAGUUGGAGCAGCUUCCUGCUCACCUGCUGGAGCAGCUGCACCUGUUCUCCAUGGACGACCUGCUGAGGGUGAAGAAGGGUCAGCUGGUGACGCAGGCCCGAGCGCUGCUGCACUCUGCCGUCCAGCAUGUGGAAAACUGUGAGCUGUGUUUGGCCCGAGGUUUUAUCUGUGAGUUCUGCAGAGAACGAGACAUCAUCUUUCCUUUUCAGAGGGGCAUUUGCAGGCGCUGUCCAGUGUGCAGAGCCUGCUUUCACAAACACUGCUUUGUGGAAAAGAAGUGUCCGAAAUGUGCGCGGAUCCAAUCCCGAAAAAAACGUCCCGAUGGAUCGAGGAAGUGACAUCAUAGCGUCUUCAGCUGAGCACUUCCCUUUAUGAUCCUCUUCACCACAGUUUACCAUCAAACACGGCUGUGCACGACGUUAACAUGUUCUUAAUAUGUUCACUCACUCUGUUUGAGUCAGUCUCAAAUAUUUCAUAUUUCCUGUGGAAAUUAAAUUAUUACGAGUGUGAUUCUUUACCUCAAGCUACAAUACACGUCUGUGCUAAAGCU